AGGCGCCAUUUUGAAGAGCGUUUUGUUUGUGGGCUGCACCCGAGAGUGUGAAGUUGGUUUUUCUCCUCCCACCCUUGGACGGGGCUGCGACGUCGUUUCUGGCAGCGCCCGGAAGCUUUUGGCAAGCCCGAGCGUAUUUGUAAUAGAUGGAAGAAGGAGCCGAAGUCCUAAUGGAACAGCCUGAAUCUGCCCCAGAAAACAUACAAGUGACUGAAACGAAGAAAAAAGCCCCAAGAGGUCGGGGAAGAGGCCGAGGUGGCAGAGGAUAUGUUAGAGGGAAAAUGCGAGGCAGAGCACUGAAUGGCUUUGGACCUAUCAGGCGUGGCGUGGGAAGAAUGCGCCCAUAUCCAGAUGCAAGAGGUAGAAGAGGAAUGCGAGAGGGACUGCUCUUCCCACCAUCUGUGCCCAGGAGAGAAAUGAUGGGAGUGCCAUUUCUGCCACCCCCACCACGCUAUGGGCUUCCCCCUCCACCUCUUCCUCCCCCACCACCUGGACCAAUGAGUUUCAGAGGCAGACCACCUCCCCUCAGAGCCAGAGGAAUGCCGACAUGGCCCCGGGGACAUUUUCCACCUCCAAGAAGCUUUCCCAAUGGACCCGGUGCACCAGCCCCUCCGCCACCUAGGCGGGGCCAGAGAUGGCCUGGGCUGCCAGGUGGCAGAUACUAUUAAAGAGGCUUAUUUAAAUUCAGUAACAGGGAUGCUUGCUUCUUACCUUAAGACCAUUUGAAAUGGCUGGACUAAGAAUUUCCUGUAAAGCAUUAAAGAUGGCAAAGAAAACUAAUAGAAUACUGACAUCCCAUAUUUUUCCAGCAGCCCUUAUGCACCAAGUUGGUAAAAGCCAUAUAUUUUUAAACAUACCCUAAAGACCUGUGACUCCUUGGACACUUUCAAGCAUAUCCUUUCAAAGUCUGGAAUUUGUAGACACUGACAUCUGCACGCUAAAAUUAAAAAGAAACUUAUUUUAACAAUGGGUCAAGCUUAUAACUUAAUGUUCAUACUUUAUAUAAUUAAAUUAUGUGCAGCUUUUUUUAGCAUACAUCUUGAUCUGUUCCAGCAACAUUUAUUUGUUUAUUCUAAAUCAUGUGAACUCUUGUUUCAAAUGCACGUACAUGUGGUAACAGUGAAUGCAGCAAGAUGGUUCAUACUCGAGAGGUGCUACUGUUCAUAUCAUACGGGAAAAUGUAACCAAUGAACAAAAUGUAAUGGAUAAAACAAGCUGUGGAUGCUAAUUUAAGAAAGAGAAAUCUUAUAAAUAACAUAAGUUCGUGGGCUUUGUUUACAUUUUUAAGUAUUGUUCCUAAUACAUAGCUUGACAUUGGUGUUUAAAUUUUUAGGAGUAUACAUUAAUGUAAUAGCUAAAUAAAGUACAUAUCUAAAUAUUUGACCUAUUGUAUAAUUACAGCUAGUGAUGUUGUCUACAACAUAAAAGAAAGGGAUAUGUUAAAAUCUGCAGCGUGCAUAUUGUUUUAAAUUAUAGCUUUCUGUACAUUACAUAGCCACUUUAGAUUUCAUUUUGUUGUGCACUGGGAAAACGUAACAAAAAGUGGAACGUGUAAACCUUGCGUUGCUUGUUAAAAUGACAUAAAAUUGUAAAAUUCUGAAACAGUGCUGUUUAAUGUCAAGGAUGAUCACAGUUGGUAAAUCAUUUUAAUUUUAAUACAUUUUGUGUUCUUCUGUGCUGAGGGCUGAAUAGAAGCAUUUUUAAAAAACCAGUCUGGUGCAGUUGGGGCUUUUUAACUUAAAUGAGUUCCUAAAAUGGGUCCAAAGUCUCCAAGCAAAGUAAAAUAAAAUGAAGAAAAGCAAUAAAUUGAGGUAUGAAAGACCAUAUAGAUGUGUAUAUUCAACUCUUACACUUGGCUUCCAAUUAAUAGUUACAAAAUGUAUUAACUUGAGCCUUGGUUUAAAAAAGAUAAAAAAUAAGAAUUAGGUUAGUAUUUGUUUGGAACCUUGAUAUCCUCAAUUCAUAAUGAAAGCUAAUAUUUAACUUCCACAUCUUCCUCUUGAAAAGUGACAAUUUUCUAUUGUGUAUAAUGUGAUGUUGGAGUAGACAUACUCAGUACUAUUCAUUUGGUUAAAACUUUAUACUGAAACAUUUUUUUGUGUAUAUUCUUUAUGUGAGCUUAAAAGCAUAUUAAUUGCAACUUUUUAAAAAAAGCUGUUACAUUGCUUAAUAGUUCAUCUAAUGUUGCCCAAUGGUGAAAGAAUGAUGCUAUUGUUAUCUUCUGAAGGGUAACAUAGUCACCCUUUGAGGCCAGUGGGAGAUGGCAUGCAGACCUUUGGGAGAGCUUUCAUCAAGGCCUUAUUUGAGGUGAGAGAGUAUUUAAAAAUUUUCCCCACUCACUUUUUUCCCUUAAGCGAAGUGCACGUUCAUCAGUUGUGUCUAAAGUGUGCACAUGCACAACACACACAGCCUUGAUACUGUUGCAUUUGGGACAUUAGAGGCCAAUGUACACAGUUGCCUCCUAGUGGAACCCAGUCAUCUCAAUGGACUCAUCAGGUUCAGUUCCAGAAACCAGGCUGCGAAGCACAUGGUGGUGGGUCAACCAGGCAGGCGUCUAACAAAUUCAUGAAGCUGGCUUGUAUACAGAUCUUUACUGAAAAGUUACUGCCAGAAACCAUCUUGUGGAUGAGAGUGUCUGUGUGAAUCAGACUUCUUUUGUACGUAGCUGCAAUGCAUGACAAAUGACAACGCUAAACUCUUCUCUCUUUUUACAUUAUCUGUAUUUGGAUCUGUACAUAGUAUAUAUUUUUCUUUUGUGAUGAAACCACUUUUUUGUUUGUAAACCGCUUAGAGGUUUUAUUUACAAUUAAGUGGUAUACAAAUUGUUAAAUAAAAUAAAUAAAU